AUGAAGACUGCUACUGUUGCCACCUCAUUCCUGGCCUCCACCUUUGCCGUCUCGGCCCAGCCUGUCCAAUCCGAGCCCUUCAACAUCCAACUCAAGUCCUACGAUACCGGCGUCGACGGCAAUUACAUUAGUGCCUGCCACUCAGGCGCCGCCAUCGAGAAUCUUUGCCUCACCAACCGCCCUGUCACCAUGCACCUCAACUCGACCAGGGGACAGGAUCCCAACAACGGCCUCCUGACGUGGCUUCUGCCUUCCAACCUCCCCGUCGACUCUGCCAUGCGCCUUAUUCCCGAUCCUUCCACCAACGUCGCCCAAGCUGUCUUCUUCCCCGGCCCCGUCAACGGCCAGCAGGUCCGGUUCAUCGACGACGAGCUCUUCCUCGUCUCCAGCAUAGACGAUACCAAGGACCCCAUCGAGGUUGACGUGCCAAAGCCCAUUGCGAACUGGUAUAUCUGCAACACCUACUUCACUGGUUACCGCUACAAGACGCUCAGCUGGGUCUACGGCAAGGCUGGCCCACAGAACCCUACCUGCGUCAAGGUCUCGGUCAGGCGCAAUUUUGAGUAA